GUCGGGGGAGUCAAAGCCAGCCCCAGCUCUAUUGCUUUCCUGGGGAGUGGAGAGAGUCGGGGCAAGGUAGGUUCAGGAUCCUGGGUGGGGAGAGUCGGGGUUCUGAAGAGGGUGGACAGCUCUGGCUGAAGCUAUUCCUGGGGAUUUUUCUUCCCCCAUAAUCCCCACCACCACCACAAAUCAAGCCAUUGCAUUUUCCAGAAUUGCUUGCAAUAGUCACCUGGAGCUGGUACCUAGUCCAGGAGGCUCCAGGCCAGUCCUGGAGGAUUUCUGAGUGGAUCUCCUGCCAGGUUGGAUAAGAGCACCCCGAUCCCAUCUGGCCUUGCUCCCGGCUUGCUUCUCUCAGUGCCAGCCUUGUGAUUCCCUUGUAAUGCACGGCCCUCUAUUUUCACCCGGCUCCCACGGCUUCCGAUGACCGGAACGCACUGCCCUCUCGCCAGGUUCUCCUAGAAAGCCCAGUGGAUCAGGGCGCCUGUCUGGCUUGGGCAAGUGUUGGUGCUGCAUGGAGGAGGAGCGCCAAGGACGCCGCUCUGGGGACCAGGCCUUGGGCAAGAUCUUCUAGGAAAGCAAACAGAUGUAGAUGCCCUUUGCACCAACGCAGUGUGCUCCAGGGCUCCUUGGAAUCCGCUGUUGCUAACCGAGUCGCUUUCGGGCAACCGAAACGGAGGCGCUUCCCCUGGUGCAUGUGGUGAUUGUGCGUGGAUGGCCAGCAGUGCGUUGUGUAAAGCUAGCUGGGUCGAACGUGCAUUCUGGCUUGGGCAAGGGAAAACGGGGCCUGCCUGCCUGUAUCUCCUACUUUGUUGCCUUGAUAGGCAGAUCAGGAGGUGGGGAAACAUUCUUGCGUUCGAGCUGGGCUGUGGAAAGCAUUUUCCUUGUUCUUUGCUACAUUCUGGUUUUCUGGGCCUGACCCCCUCGAUACAAUCUUGGCCACCCCAUCAAUCGAUAUUCUAGCUCUCGGAAGGAACUUCCACUGUUCUUUCCAUUCCCACGUGAACCACUGAGGCCAUCUAUACCUGAGAACGUGUGGGGGGCCAAACAUUGUGUGCUUCGUCCUCCUAGUGCUUCCAGACUGAGCCCCAGAACAGCAUUCCUUCAAUGACUGUUGUUGGUGCCUGCCUACUUUUUAGUUUGUGAGUUUUUUUGUCUCCGAAGGGCUUCCUUCAUAUUCUUUUUCUGUGUAAACAUAUUUGAGAACUUGUACUUGAAAAGCAGUAGAACAAUAGCUUGCUGACUUGCUUUUCAAUCUGAAGGGUCACAGGGCAGCAGGGUCCACCACCACUGUUCCCUUCCUAUUUCUAGCCGGUGUCCUUGACUACUGGCUUGGAUGCUGCUGCUGUGGCAAGUAUCGGCUGAGGUCUGCACCCCUUGUAUAUGAUCUUAAGUACAUUAUGUGGUAUUUAGCUCGUGUGUGAUGGAGGUGUUCCGAUGACCUCCCCCCCAACCCCCACAAUUAGAAGAAAGUGGGAAAGCACUGUGGAGGGGAAACAGGGUGUUUGGACAUCUGAAUCAACCUAUUGUUUGGACAUGUUGUCUAAAUCAACCCUUGGUGAUCGACAUUAGGCUGGGAGAGCUGUUUCUGGAAGCUGGAAUUUCUGAAAAGCCUUUAAAGGAAUAGCCAGGCAAAAUGCAAGCCUGAGUGAAGUAUUCUGGUUAAGGACAAGUUAUCUAUUAGCGGCCUGCAAAGUACAAGGAUGCUGGUAUGGGGGAGAAGGUACCACAUGGUAUUUCUAAGGACUACUCCAUAUAUGGUACAGAUGGAGUAGUUACUGUUGAAAAUCGGUUCCGUGUGGUGUGGAUUCCAGAUGGGAGUUGUGUAACAGCUGGACAUGCUCACCGGGUCGGUAGUCUCCACAUCAGCAACCUUCAAAGUAGUGCAUUAUCCUCAUGGUGAACUGUCUGCUUAUGUUACUAUCUAUCCCCAGGCAGAGUACAACCCAUCCCCAGGCAAUGGUACAAGUGUGUUUUGGUGGUAGCCAUGCCACUUGCAUCAUGUAAUAAGCCUGGCAGAGUAGUUGCAGCCUUUCUAGUAAAAGUCUCCCGUAUGUACUUUGUGGUACUCAUAAGAGAGUGUGGCUGAUAGAGAAUUUAUUAUGAUGUAAACCAGUGUUCCCUCUAAGGCAUGUGCAUGUGUGUGCACUCACACGUUCUUUGAUGUCUGCUCAGUUAAUUUUAGAUUCUGCUCAGAUUGAAUCAUGAAGGUCCCAUUCUGAAUGCAUAUGUGCACACACUGCCUUGAUACUGCUGCACAGAAUGAAACUCAUUCCACACACAGAUGAGAAAAAUUAGAGAGAACACUGAUGUAAACCUCUCUUUGUUCAGCAACUAAGUAUGGCGUGUCUAUCAGGAAGGCCUGUUGUAUGUGCAACAAGGAUUUUUACAUUCAGCAUGGCAACAAUAUUUUAAAUCAUUCUGCAUAUGCAGAGAGACCUGAGAUUCUAUUUGGGAUGUUGUCUCCCUUCCUUUGCUAGUCAAAUGCAAUCCUCAGGUGAUUCUGUCAGCUCUCUCCCCGCCCCCACUUUAUAUGCUGCGGCUAAGGUUUCUGAGGAUGUGGCAAAUCUCAGCCUUAUAAUUAAAGGCCUUGGUAUGUGUUCUUUGUCAAAAAGCAAAUUGCCUUGUGGCUUAGAUUGUUCCAGAAUGCAGAGUAAAACCAAAAUGCAUACAAUGGCCCUUGUUAUCUGCAUUUUCAGCACUCAGUUUCAUGUAUCUGCAGUCAGGCAGUAUAUACCUCAUCAUCUGCGGUACACGGCUUUGCAUAUCUGCGGGUUUCGGCAGCACAGUUCUGCCCCUUACAUGGUAAUGCUCUUGCUGCAUGUGCUCAUGGAUUGUGAGAGGACCUUGGAGGAUGGUUUGUUCAGCAUAUUUUUUGUGUGCUUCUAAAAGCCACUUAAUGGCGCAGCAGGGAAAUGACUUGACUAGCAAGCCAGAAGUUACCAGUUCAUAUCUCUGCUGGUAUGUUUCCCAGACAGUGGGAAUCACCUAUUUAGGGCAGCAGUGAUAUAGGAAGAUGCUGAAAGGUAUAAUCUCGUACUGCUCGGGAGAUGGCAAUGGUAAACCCCUCUGUAUUGUACCAAAGACAACCACAGGGCGCUCUGGUCACCAGGAGUCGACACUAACUCAAUGGCACACUUUACCUUUAAAAGCCAUUUUGGGUAGCAUUUGUAUGUAUCCUUAGGGAGACAUUGGGAGCCUUCAGGAACCAUUGCUCUGGAGCUUUUGGAGCCGUUCCUGUGGAGCUUCUUGGAGACAUUUUCUGGAGCCUCUUGUAGCAUUGUGUUGUGCUUGUAAGAUGCUAAUUAUCACUUUUAUCAAUUUAAUUUUAAUUUUGGUGAUUUUUAAAUUAAACAUUUCAAUUUUUUUUUCAAAUUUUGAUAAUUACAGUACUGUGUUUUAUUUAAAUUGAAUUUUUAAUUGCAAUUAAAAAUUAAAAAUAGAUUUUAAUUAUUCAUUGAAAAUGGAUUCUCCUCUCACUCCUUGAUUCUCGCACACUCCUCUGUGUGUUUACUUGAAUUGGAUUUAAUUUUGUGCUGCCUCUUUGGCCAACCUACCAUCCAAUCAGGCCAAGGGGCUUGUGCUGCUAAGUGAUGGACUUCAACAGUGGGGUGAGGAGACAUCAUGGUUACGCAUUGCUGGAGGAGCUGGAGAGCGGAGGUGGCCAAGCUUUGCUCUCUAGAGCGAAGUUUCUUUGCUGUCAGGGCAGCCCUUGCCACCACAAGGUGAUGCAUCAUGCCCAUAGUGGACAAGCUGAAAGAAGCCCUCAAGCCUGGGCGGAAAGACUCUGCUGAUGAUGGUGACCUGGGCAAGCUGUUGGCUGCUUCUGCCAAGAAGAUCCUGCUGCAAAAGAUUGAGUUUGAACCAGCAUCCAAAAGCUUCUCCUACCAACUGGAGAGCCUCAAGAGCAAAUAUGUUUUGCUGAACCCGAAGACGGAAAACCCCAGUCGGCACAAAGGUUCUGAGGAGGGCCCCAUCCGGAAGCAAGGCAGCGAGCACAUGCUGGGAGGUGAUGGAGUCCCAGCCCCACAGAAGGUCCUCUUUCCUGUGGAGCGUCUCUCCCUGAAAUGGGAGCGGGUGUACCGUGUCGGAGCUGGUCUCCACAACCUGGGCAACACUUGCUUCCUCAAUUCUACCUUGCAGUGUCUGACAUACACUCCACCUCUAGCCAAUUACCUGCUUUCCAAGGAGCACAGCCGUAGUUGCCACCAGGGAAGCUUCUGCAUGAUGUGCAUUAUGCAGAAUCACAUGAUACAAGCUUUCGCCAACAGCGGCAAUGCCAUCAAGCCAGUGUCCUUCAUCAGAGACCUUAAAAAGAUUGCUCGGCACUUCCGUUUUGGCAGCCAGGAGGAUGCUCACGAGUUCUUGCGCUACACCAUUGAUGCCAUGCAGAAGGCCUGCCUCAACGGUUACACCAAGCUGGACCGUCAGACUCAGGCUACCACAUUGGUGCAUCAGAUCUUUGGCGGCUACCUCCGAUCUCGAGUGAAGUGCUCUGUGUGCAAGAGUGUUUCCGACACUUACGACCCCUACCUGGAUGUGGCUUUGGAGAUCAGGCAGGCUGCAAACAUUGUGCGGGCAUUAGAGUUAUUCGUGAAGGCUGACGUGCUGAGUGGAGAGAAUGCCUACAUGUGUGCCAAGUGCAAGAAGAAGGUUCCAGCCACCAAGCGCUUCACAAUCCACAGAGCAUCCAAUGUACUCACAAUCUCACUCAAGCGCUUUGCCAACUUUAGUGGGGGCAAGAUUACCAAGGAUGUGGGCUACCCCGAGUUCCUAAACAUCCGUCCCUACAUGUCACAGAGCAAUGGUGACCCGGUCAUGUAUGGCCUCUAUGCUGUUCUUGUACAUUCAGGAUACAGCUGCCAUGCAGGGCAUUACUACUGCUAUGUCAAGGCUAGUAAUGGGCAGUGGUACCAGAUGAAUGACUCCCUGGUACAUUCAAGCAACAUCAAAGUCGUUCUCAACCAACAGGCUUAUGUGCUCUUCUAUCUUAGGAUUCCAAGCACCAGGAAGAACUCGGAGGGGUCUAUCGCCAAAAGCAACUACUCUGUGCCCAACCGAGCAAGCAUUGUCUCUGACCGUAUGAAGAGAAGCACCACCAAUGGCACCCUUGCAUCACCACUGAUCAGCAAAAGACAAGAUGUGACCCAGGUUAAGAAGACUUCAACUUCAGAGACUGAGGAGCCUGGUGUUCCUGUGCCUCGCAGCUCCUUUUCUUCUAAUGCCAGGCCUCAGAAUGGGACGCUUCCUCCUCCAAAGCUCAGUCCUUCCACUGGGUUCUUGUCUCCCAAGCUUCCCACCAAACUAGCUUUCCUGGAUGACUUCAGCAAGAGAUCCAAGAAGCAGCCUCUCCUGCCACUCAAAACAUCUCAGGACUUCUGUGAGUCUGGUAGUGCCAGGGUGGAGAUGUGCAAGCCGAGCUCCUGGGAAAACAAGGGCUCGGUAUUGCCUUCACAGCUGCCAGAAACCCGUGCAGAAGAACCUGAAGCCAAAAUUCGCGAAGAAGGCACAGAGCUGCCAAGCAAGGACUCCUUAUCCUUGUCCUCUUCCUCCUCCUCCUCCUCCUCUUCGUCUUCUAGCAGCUCCUCUUCCUCCAGCCCAGCACAUCACUCAGUCAAGGGACUCCCACAGGCCACGGGCAUGAAUGGCUACUGCUCCUCUCAGGAAACGGACUGUGCCUCUAGGAAACCUGUUUCUGAGGACUCCAAAUUUGCCAAGUUAAAAUCGCCGUUGCUGGCUAAUGUGACCAAUCUGGAGCUGGGAAGCACCAUGUCACCCCCACCUGCAAAGAAACUGGCACUCUCUGCCAGGAAGGGCAGCAACACACUGCAGAAAGUGAGCGGCAGUGAGCGCCGGGCGCCGCCCCACUCCCCACCAGCUGCCACAAAUACCACCCACCCUGUCUGUGCCGCUGCACUCGGCUAUCCCAGAGUGCUCUCAUCUGCUUCCAAAUCUUCAGCACCUGCACCACCAGCCAACAGCGCCUUUGUCACACCCUCAUCCAGCUUCAAAUCGUGCUGCCCCUCUGCCGUCCUUCUGUUACCACCUACUGUGCCCAAAGAGGCACUUAGCCACUCUUAUCCAAACAAGGACAAGGGGUCUUUCCGUAUCGGCUCUAAGAAGAGAAAAAGAAAGUCCAGCCUCUCAGAGAUGUCACAAGAGAUCCACUUUGGCCCAGACAGGACAAAUAUUGAUGCUGAGGGGUCCUGGCUCUCCAACUCUUCCAGAAAGAAGAGGCAUCUGAAAGAAAAUGGCAGCAUUGUGACCUCUCCUGUACCGGAAGCUGACUUGGUGGCAGGCAGGAAGGGAGAGAAGGAUGGAAUGACUGAGGACCACAGGGCACCAGAUUCUGGUCUAAUCAGUUCCAUCCGGAAGAGAAAGAAGAAAAAGAGGCUACGGCAGAGGGAGGAAGACUGCAGACCUUUGCUGGAUCCUAUAAACAGCUCCUCUUCACAAUAUGAGGCAGAUGUCUGCCUGGCACAUGUGCCAGUGGAGGAGUCCUGUAGCUUGAAGAAGACGAAGAAGAAGAAGAAGAAACAGCAGCUGCCUUCACCCAGUUCAGACAAAGGCAGCACUACUGGGGAGAGUGAGCAUCGCAAGCACAAGCGGAGGGAGAAGCAAGGUGGCUCUCCCCGAGAGGUCAGCAGCCCCCAAGAAGAGCAAAGCAAGAAUGGCCUUUCCUCAGCCAGAAUCAGCCCUCCAGCAUUGGCCUGGGGCAGCCAGUUUGGACAUGGGGACAAAUGCUCCUCGAACAUCCUAAGUAUGAAGAAGGAAGCAGCACAACGUAAGUGUGAGCAGUCUGAUGUUGUCCAGGAGCUGCUGAGGGAUUCUUUGGAUAAAGCAUAUGGAAAGCAAGUGUUGACCUGGGAUGGUGAGGUGUCAGCUGUCAGCCAGGAUGCCAUGCGUGAUGCUGUAUGGUCCAAGAACCAGACGGUCCUUGAUGACUGGGAUGAAGAGUUUGACAGUGGGAAGGUGAAGAAAAGCAAGAAGCUCAAGCGUGAGCGGAAGAGAAACUUCAAUGCCUUCCAGAAACUGCAAAGCCGGCGUAACUUCUGGGCUGUGACACACCCAGCUAAGGUGGUUAGUCUGAGCUAUCGGCUUUGAAAUGCUGAGUUCUUAGCUGCAGCAGUGCUAUGGCAGACUCCCGUACCUAUUGUCAACAAUUUCAGGUUGCCAGCUCUGUGGAAUUGUACAGGAAAGCUUCUCUUCUUUGCCCUGAGUAGGAUGCUGCCAUCUUGGAGGACUCUUCUCUGCAGUGUCUGGGGGAAAACAGGCACCUGGCUUUGUGGAGCUACUGACUUGUGGAAGGCACUGGCUCAGGGUAGCUGCAGGCUCCAGGAUCGAUUAAGAGUGGAGCUGUUCAUGCUAGCUAGGGGUGACCAACCACCUGGAACAGAAUCUCCCUGCUGCCUCCAUCUGCACAAGCCUAAGCUUGGUGAGCUGUGAUACCCUCCUCUGCCUUUCCUGUCAGAAGAAGAUGUGAUAGCUAUUUCUCACUCCUGAGAGCUGGUUACUACAUUGCCACCAGUGGUAUUUGCCCCUGCCUCGACUCCCUGCCCCCACACAACAUGUCGUCAUGACCAAGGGUAACUCAUAUGGCUUUUCUCCACCCAUGUCUGCCCUGUGUCUAUCAGAUGAGAGAUGGAAUGCUCUUCAGCAGAAAUAGUUUUUUCCAAACAGUUCUUUACACCCUAUUCCUGCUGUAUAGAACCCUUGGAGCCAAGUUGUGUACUCCAGGGAAAACUGUUAGUGGGGUUGGCCUGCCCUGUAUAACUAUUUUUUUGUGGUGGGGAGAGAUGAAAUCAUUGUUGAGGCCCUCAAAAGGUGCUGCUCAACCAUGACAUCAGUGGUUUUCUCUCGUCAUAGCUGAGUAAUGACUUAUCUCAUGCUGGGCUGUAUCACUUCAGACUGCAGGUGGGGAAUCGAAUGUUUAAAUACUCCUCUCCACCCCCACCCCCCACUAAAAAAUAUAAAUAAAUCCUGGGCUUUCUGAGCUAGUCUUUCCUUUUACACAAAGGAGCAGUCAGACAUGAAUUCCAUGCCCGCAAUCUGAAGUCCAGCUGUUGGUCAAUAAGGUUAUGUUGGUAAUGCUGCUGACAGUGCAUGUUGUCUCUGUGCUCUGACCUCUGCGAUCAGGGCCACAGGGAUGAGGCAGUUUCCCCUUACUUGGGUCUUCCACCACACUCCCUCUUUGCCCCCUGGCACGCAUUUAUUCCUGGUGGGUCUCACUGCACUGUUUACUCGGUUGCUCCACAAAGAGCAGACUGUUGGUUGCAGCAGAUCUCCGCCUCCGUUUGUGUUGAGGAGAGGCUGCCUGAAACGUGGCUGUUUAGGCCAAGGCAGGAUGGGCUGUUUCCUCCUGGAAGAGACUUGGUGCUGCCCUUGCUCAGCAUCUCAAUGGAUGGUGGUUGAGCCAAGUGGGAGGAAGGGCUGCUUUUUCUGCGAGGCUGGCCUAGGUGUUCCAUGGUUCCCUUGCAUUUUUGCUGUCUGGCUGUCACCUCAGUGGCUCUUUCCUAGACAGACAGCCCUUACGUGUAACCUCCUAAAAUGUGCAUGAUCAGUUUAAGCGGCAGGUCCAUGUGCACACACUCCCCCCCAUUCUUGCAGCGCCUGCAUUGUCCAUCCAGUGGCACGUUUGACUUGGGCACCCAUUUUCUCUACUCGCAGAUGGGUGCAAGGGUCAAAAACCUAGCCUAAUACUCUCCAGCAUGUAACAUAUUGAAACAGUUACCAAACACGUCUGACACUUGCAUUUAUGUUGAGCUAACAGGUUUUUUUGUUCUUGCGGGGAGGGGGGCAUUGAGACUGUUCACUCUUCCUCAGUGGGGAGCAGUCUCCUGGGUACCUUCCGGCAGUGCCCUUUUACAGUCUCCUGCCAUACAGGUCUAAAAUGCCUAUGUAGAGACCCUGAAAAAUGGGUACAUUUGCACCUCAUGCUGGGGCUUCCUGCACUAGCCCUGGUUGUAGCAACAGUUCAUGGUGCAAUAAAGGAAUGUUUUGUGUA